UUCCAUUAUUUUUUUGGGUUUGUUUGCUUUUCGAGCAUGGCCAUUUUCUCGUGUCUCACACUGUUGUUUUACUAGUCAUUUCGGUUAUCGAUUGGUUUUGUGUUCGCUAUUGGUUACUCGGUUUUGUAUUGUAGUUGCUGUUGUUGUUUUUGCAUUAAUUCAGGGUUUUGAUUUGAGCUUGUACUCAACAUGAAUAGAUAAUGCUGGGAUUUUCUUGUUUACUAGUUUAUAUGCUUUCAUGCAGAGCCUCUUAAUUUCUUUUCCUUUCAUUGAAAAUGUCCCAGAUUUUCCCUAAUUUAAGCUCACCUUUCACGUAAGCAUGCUUUAUGGUGUAUUUAUGUGUGUAUGUAGGAGUAUAUGUAUGUUGGUAUGUAUGCAUUUGUUUAUCUAAGAUAAGUGCGUCUAGUUGGGAGUUGUAUUGAGAAUGAUAUUCGGAGUGGAGACAUCUUUUUAGUUCUCCUGGUGUUAUUCAGCGCAGUUUUUGGCCUCUUUGUGGCGUUUAGGCAUUCUUAGGAGCUGAUUAUGGCGGAGCCACUGGGACUGCUGAAAGUGAUGGUGGUGCAAGGGAAAAGAUUGGUAAUCCGAGAUUUCAAGAGCAGCGAUCCUUAUGUGGUAGUUAAGUUAGGCUCUCAGACGGCAAAGACCAAGGUUAUCAAUAGUUGCCUUAAUCCUGUUUGGAAUGAAGAGCUAAGUUUCUCUGUCACAGAACCAGUUGGAGUUCUAAAUUUUGAAGUAUUUGACAAAGACCGUUUCAAGGCAGAUGACAAGAUGGGACAUGCUCACCUCAGCCUUCAACCGCUAGUCUCUGCCGCCAGAUUGAGGCAGAUUCUUGGGGUUUCUUCUGGUGAGACAACAUUACGGAAGGUAGCCCCGGACAGUGACAACUGUCUUGUUGGGGAGAGCUCUAUUAGUUGCAUAAAUGGAGAGGUGGUGCAGAGCGUAUGGUUAAGGCUCUGUGGAGUUGAGUCGGGGGAGAUUGAACUAAAGAUCAAGUUAAUCAAUCCACCAGUUACUCCCCCAAGGUAGAUUUCUACAAAUACCGGUUUGCAUUGCAUAUCUUCAGAUUUCUAACAAUUAAGGGGCGGGAAAGAGCUGAAUGUGGUUGUAGUUAAGUUUUUCCUCAUGUAAACCCCUUUAUAGAUGUUAAAAAAAAUACACUUCUAAUGUAGAAUUAAUAUACGAAUGUGAGUAGGCUGAAGUGAAGCCAAGCUGUGUGUGAAUGUGUGUUUGUUUAAAAAAAAAAAAAAAAAAAAAGAGAAUGUGUGUUUAUUUAAAGUCAGAUGAAGUAGGAAUUCGAAUUGAUUUCUAUGGUCCUUUAAUCUGUAUUAUUAACUUGGCUUGUGAAUUAACAAGCUGUUGAAUGUCAAGAAUGGAAUUUGGCAUAAACUGCCUCGUUUGUUUCUUA